CCCGUGUGGUUUGCAUCUUUCAUAGGCGUUGAUGACUAAAAGAGCUUGAGCACAAACUCUUGUGUAGUUUAGGUGGAGCUGGAUUGCUUCUGUCUACCAAAGAAGAUCACACGGAUAAAGAUGCGCACGUACUGUGGACUAUCACACAUUUUCAUUGUUCUGCUCUUGUGUGAUUAUGGGAUGUUUUACACAUCAUCAUCAUCAUCAUCAUCACCCUCCUCUUCAGAGGAGUCCAUCACCGCCACUCCAGAAGCAUCAACCAAAUUCAUAUAUGACCCUACUGCAACACCCAAUACAACAGCGAUCCCGACAGAAGACAGCAACUUAACAAGUACAAUGACUAUGAGUAAUUACUCUUCCACAGAGGGCAGGAGCACCACCGCCGCCAUGACCAAACUGAUCCCUCCACCAGUCCAUUCCACAGGACGUCCCAUCACCAAAGUAGUCGGGACCACACAAAGUUCUGAGAAAGAACGGUCUAAUACUGGAAAACUUCUAGGUGUCAUCAUUUUGAUCUUCAUUGUGAUUCUCAUCAUUAUUCUUCUUGGCGUCUUGUAUUUUCUGAGAAAGAAAGGAAGAAGCUACUCGUUUGACCUGACUCAUGCCAGCUGCCCUCCCAAUGAAUACGAUACUCCGCUCAGGAGCGUGGAACAACAAGGCGUAAGCUAUGAACAUACCGACAAAGAUUUGCCUAUGUGUCUGGACUACAUACAAGAAGACAAAUCAGAGGAUAAGGACAACCUGAUGGCCAAUGGGUGCACCGGAGAGAAAACUGAACAAACACCUGCUUCUGAAAAUGAACAACAAAAUGUUCCAGAUGAGAACAGCUUCUCCUCGAGCCCCAGCUUCACCCCGCCCAUGAAGAAAGUCGAGUUUAAUCUGGAUCUGGAUCUGAUCGGGAUUGAAUCUGAUCUGAACAGUCCUACAGCAGUCGAUGGCAGUGAUGCUCCACACAGUGAAAACAACAAUCAUGUUUCCAUUGCUGGGAAAGGAACAGCAGACGAGCUGUUUACUGAAAUCAAUCUAGACGAAUCAAAGGAACAAGCAUAAAAGUCCCGAGAUGUCAAGACCUCCAUACCAAGAUUCAAACUAUACCUGUGUCUGCUCAGGAUCAAUCAGAUCCAUUUCAUCCUGACUUUAAAUUUGUUUUAUUUACUAUGCAUGUAGAUUGUAUACUGUACAUAGCUGUGAUGAUUGUGGAAUAAUGUGAUGUAGUUUAUGUAGGAACUGGUUACAGGUACCUGUACUUUCCUUCGAUGGUCGUGACCUGAGGCCUGUCCUGAAUCAUCCAUCUGUAUGUAAAUGUCUUAAAAAUCUGUAUCUUCCCCUGAUGAGUGCACAAUUGUCUGAUCUUUGGAAACACACCACUAGACUAGACUACUGUUACAAAGGACAUCUAAAGAUAGCCCAAGGGACUUUCCAGUCUGACGAGAGCUGCUGAAGAAGAUGUUGAAGACUGCGCUUGAACAAGAAAUACGUUACAUUUAGACAAUCUUCUUAAGCUGAAGAAACCACCUAAAGUCUGUCGGACCAAAACUGUUUUUUAUUUCUUUUAUAAUUGCUUAAGUAUAGGUGUAAAUGGGCAAGUAGAGACCCGUGUCAUUUUGUCUACACCUCCAUAAAUGAGAUCUUUAUGAUUAUUUGAUAUCUAUAUUUAAGUUUACUAUCACAGGGUAUCUAUUAUUUUGUUUAUUACAAGAGAAAUGAGCACUAUAUUCAUGCAAAUAAAUACUAUAUCAUGUUGAUUUCCUGUGCCACAAUGGCGACAACAUGGAAGUAAACUAUAGCAAGUUUAACAUAUGAAACGUGUGAUUUGGCU